GUUGGCGUUGGCGACGGGCCGUGGAAUAUGAUGACUCGAUUUGAUGAGACACUCCCAAAGCGGAUGUUCGACAAUUUCCAUUUUGUUGAUUUUCAUAAAGUGAUGUUUAAUGUACCAAACCAGGAAGCGUCAUUUGCACUGAACGCACUUAUGGAAAUCCCGGACCAGUAUAAGGCAAUCAAGGAACUUGGCUUAUUAAAGCAUUCCCGACGUGGAUAA